AUAUCUUAUUUUCGCUACGAGUGUAUUAUAUGGUAAUAAUCGAAACGGUAUGGGGGCCCUGAGGCUCUCAGCUUAUGGACUCUCGAAGCUAUAGACAAAAAUUCCCAUUAUAUGUAACGUGUAUUAUUAAGCCACCAAUAGAUAGCGCGUUUGUGCCGGUCGAGACCGUAACCUAUGUAAACAGAAAUAAAACAACGGAUUUUAAAGUUUUACCACAAAUAAGUGUAAAACUGUAACAGGAACGUAAAAACUGUAACGUCGACUCAGUUUUCUAGUGACGAAAGGAAUUCAUAUAAAUUCAUAACGUCACUUCUAAGUGGAAGGCUAUGUUGGCUCUCAGAGCAACGGUUGCCGAUCGAAUUCCGGUUUCUGUUGUACUGACACCGAUCGUUCAAAGUUCGUUAUUGGGAAGGAACAUUACCAGUAGCUCCAAUUCCAAGGCGAAGAUGUCAUUUGAAAUUGAAAAACAGAAAUUCUUGACCAUGCCAUCUCAAGAGAAAAGGAAAUUGUACAAAGGAAACGUUACCACGUUGGAUCAGAUUCCGACCUUGCACGAUUAUUUAAAUGAGAACAAAGCGAAACUCACUGACAAGACAAACAAGGUGAAAAAAAUCGAUGAACUAGCCAAAAAAGUAUCCAUAUGGAGUGGUGACAUUACUUCCCUAGAGAUAGAUGCUAUCGUGAAUGCAGCAAAUUCGAGUCUUCUUGGUGGUGGUGGGGUCGAUGGAGCUAUCCACAGGGCAGCUGGAGCAAAUUUAAAACGAGAGUGUGCUACUUUAGGAGGCUGUAGAGUUGGAGAAGCUAAGAUAACUGGGGGCUACAUGUUGCCUGCUAAAUACGUCAUUCAUACCGUUGGUCCGCAAGGAUCAGGUGAAGAAAAGUUGAGGGAAUGUUAUCAAAAUAGUCUUGCCAUAGCCAAAGAAAAUGGACUACGUACAAUAGCUUUCCCUUGCAUAUCAACAGGAAUAUACGGGUACCCUCAAGGACCAGCUGCAAAAACUGCUAUGACCACAGUUAAAGACUUUCUGGUUAAAAACAACGAAGCGAUGGACAGAGUCAUCUUUUGUACGUUCCUGAAAACCGACAAAGAUCUGUACGAAGACUUGUCGUCGAUGUAUUUAACUACUGAAUAAAUAUGUAAUGGAAGAGGUUUCUCACGAUUAUGCAAAUGGAAUAUAGAGUGAAUACUAAAAAAUUGUAUGAGAGCGUGUGUGAA